CAUUGUUUGUAUUCGCGCGACAUCAUGGCAGACGCAGCAGCACCAGCAAUGUCACUUGAAAAGGACAAUGAGGCAAAGAAGCAAAGAAUUGAGGAUGCCAUUGCUCGUUGUGAGGCUCCCAUUCAGCCCGAGUUCCUGCUAAAGAAGCAGUCAGUCCCAGCGGCAGAGACGCAAAACUCUGGUGGAAACUCGGAGCCGCCGACAAAAAAACAAAAGACCAACAGAGGCAUGAACAAGACCAAGGAACGGAAAGAAAACGUGGCUGCAAUGAAGAAGGUAGCUGCUCAGCAACUUUGCGCACGUCUUGCCUACCUCAAUGCGUGCGAUGGAUCUCCAGGUGAGCCAAGGUGUUCAAAGAACCACGAUGUUGACACCUUCACUUCGACGAAGCUGCCAAACGUGUCCGAAGAAUGUCCAGUGUUCAAGGCACUGGGUGUUUGCGCUGCUGGGUUGAACUGCCGCUUCUCAGCAAGUCACGUUGCGGAUGGAAAGAAUGUGGACAAGGAUGGAGUGCCCCUGUCAGCAAAUUGCUCCUGGCAUCAGCAAAUUCCUCACAUUGGUGCUGUGCCUGGAGAGAAGAACAUUUUUAGCGAAGAGAUGCGCAUCUCUCUGCGGAAGAAGAGCUACGACUUUUCGCGAGCAACUCAUCUUGCGAAGGCCUGGGACCGUUGGCAUUCACAGCGGCCAAAGGAUGCUAAAGAGACAGAUGACAGCUAUGCAGCGUCCACUGAUGCUGCAUGCUUCGUGGGGCCCUUGGUGGAGAAAGAGCGCCCGCGUGUGGACCUGUCCAACAAGAGGUUCCUGGCGCCAUUGACAACUGUGGGCAACUUACCAUUUCGCCGACUUUGUGUUGGUUUGGGUUGUGAAGUUACAGUUGGCGAGAUGGCCUUGGGGCACUCGAUCGUUGAAGGUUUGCAAAGCGAGCUGGCGCUUUUGCGGCGCCACGAGUCUGAGAAGUGCUUCGGCGUGCAGAUCGCUGGGGGCGAUGUUGCGACCAUGGCCAAGGUGGCGCAAUUUGUGGAUGAACACGUCGAUUGCGACUUUGUUGACAUCAAUUGUGGCUGCCCCUUAGAGGAGGUCCACCGCCGAGGGGCAGGUUCGCGGCUGAUGGCAAAAGCAGCUCACAUGGAAGGCAUCGUGCGCUGCAUGUCUGGCGUUUUAAAGACAAAAGCCCUGACCUUGAAGAUGAGAACUGCCCACAUGGAGGACCACAAGGUGAAAGACUUCAAUGGGCGUUACGCCCACAAUCUCGUCCCAAGGUUAGAGGCCUGGGGAGUUAGCGCACUCGUGCUCCAUGGUCGAACAGCGAGGCAGCGCUACACAAAGCUGGCUGAUUGGGACUACAUCAAGGAGUGUAGUGGUCGAAGACAAUCCCGCACUCCAUUCAUAGGCUGUGGAGAUGCCAUGAACUGGGAAGAGGUGGAGCUACAUUGUGCAACCCAUGGAGUGGAUUCUGUGAUGAUUGGCCGUGGUGCCUUGAUCAAGCCCUGGAUCUUCACGGAAAUCAAAGAGAAGAGGCACUGGGACAUUUCUGCCUCGGAGCGCCUCGAUCUCAUCCGCGACUUCACACACUACGGCCUAGAGCAUUGGGGUGCAGACCCCAGAGGUGUGGAGACCACGAGACGAUUUUUACUGGAGUGGCUUUCAUUUACUUGCCGCUACGUGCCAGUUGGACUUCUAGAGGUUCAGCAAGCGCGCAUUAAUUGGCGCCCACGUCCAUAUGUGGGACGGAGUGAUCUGGAGACGAAGAUGGCGUCAACAAAUUCCAAGGACUGGGUUGAGAUCACCGAGAUGAUGCUUGGGAAGGUUCCAGAUGGCUUUUCCUUCGUCCCGAAGCACAAAUCCAAUGCAUACCAAUCUGAGGGUGGUGCACAGGUGGAAGCAGUGAAAGCAGAGGAUGAAGGAGCAGCUGGAUAGAGUCGCAC